AUGCAGCAGUACGUCAGCCUCCAAAACCUUUCCAUAUGUUUCCAGCUCUUAAUGCUCUCCUGUCAAACCCAGGGGGAGAAUCAACCGUCUCCUAAUUUUAACCAGUACGUGAGGGACCAGGGCGCCAUGACAGACCAGCUGAGCCGAAGGCAGAUCAGGGAGUACCAGCUCUACAGCCGGACCAGUGGCAAGCAUGUCCAGGUGAACGGCAAAAGGAUCACCGCCACGGCAGAGGAUGGCAACAAAUUCGCAAAGCUGAUCGUGGAGACGGACACCUUUGGGAGCCGUGUGCGCAUCAAAGGAGCCGAGAGCGAGAAAUACAUCUGCAUGAGCAAGAGGGGGAAGCUCAUUGGAAAACCCAAUGGCAAGAGCAAAGACUGCAUCUUCACUGAGAUCGUUCUGGAGAACAACUACACAGCCUUCCAGAAUGCCCGCCAUGAGGGCUGGUACAUGGCCUUCACGCGCAAGGGCCGCCCUCGGAAAGCCACCAAGAGCCGCCAGAACCAGCGGGAGGCACACUUCAUCAAGCGCCUCUACCGCGGCCAGCUGCCCUUCCCCAACAACGCCGAGCGGCAGAAGCAGUUUGAGUUUGUGGGGUCCUCCUCCCCGACGCGCCGGACGAAGCGCACCCGCACCCCGCGGCCCCGCACGUAG